CAGUCGACCUCCUGUCAAAAACAACAUUCGCGAGGGUUCUUUUGUAGUGUUUUGGUUUUUACUUUAUAUUUCCACAGAAAUAAUGGAAAUUGGACAUGUGAUUAAAACAAAGUGAAUUAAAUUAAGUGAUAAAUAUGAAGUACUUAUUUGUGACAUUAUUCUUGUUUGGUUCGUACGGUGUAGGUUCUCUUGUUGAUAGUAGUGGAAAGGAGAGUACGGAGUUGUCUCGUGCUUUUGAUGAGCGGCCCCUGUUGUUUGCCACGUUAGGGGGCGGCAUGGUUGCAGUGGAGCCUCUGGCGGGCAAUAUUAUAUGGAAACUUAAAGAUGAACCAGUAGUAAAAGUACCGAAUCAGCAAGCUGACUUAAUGCCCCAAUUUCUCCCGGACCCUCGACAUGGGUUCCUGUACAUGUAUGGCCCUCGAGGGGAUCAGCAGAUGCUGAAGAAGUUACCAUUUACAAUACCAGAGUUAGUAGCGAAUGCUCCGUGUAGAUCGACUGAUGGUAUCCUGUAUACAGGCAAGAAGAGUGACACUUGGUUCAUGCUGGACCCGCUCACUGGAUUUAGGGAACAUGUUUCAGGUUUCGACAAAUCAAAGAUUUUCAAGAAUUCCGAUGACAAUACGUGUUCCCCGGAUAAAAAGAGAGGAAUCUACGUUGCGAGAACUGAGUACAAUAUACUGAUGCAUGAUUCCAAGAAUCAGAACCAUAAGUGGAAUGUCACAUUCUUCGACUACACGUCCUUGGCUAUGGGGAAGGAGAUGCUGAAUGAUUACGCCCCACUGUACGUUGGUGAACACAACCACGGCCUCUACGCGUUAUCAUCACUCGUAGACAAAAAUACGAUCACAAUAUCGACCGGCCACGCACAGCCCUUACUUCUAGAAGGCCCGACAGAAACCGAACCAAAAUCAGAAGAAACCUACCAAUAUGAACCAUUCAAAAAUGUUCACUACAAACUCAAAGAUUUGAAUCUACACGUCUCAGCCCCAUAUCUUCUACUAGGACAUUACAAAGUCCCCGAAUUGACGACAAACUGGAUGCCUCAGUUACCAAAUUCGAACUUCUUAAAUGUUCAUAACUCACAGAAUAGUGCUAUCAAGUUAAUCAAUGGGCAGGUGCAUUCGGAAACUGACAACGAUGUGGAGAAUGAGACGAAUCUAAAGUCGAAUCCGAACCCGAAUUCCAUAUCUGUCUCAGUGCAAACUGAGGAAUUGUUCGAAGGUCUUGAGUUCAGACCUGAUUUAUGGUACAAAAAAGCGUACUUGUGGUUCCACCAGCAAGAGAAUCAAGUUCUCAAAGUUGCGCUAAUCAUUUUGGUUGGACUAGUGAUUACUAUGUUCUGGUAUCUUCGAUAUCAGGCACGCGAAUUCCAACAACUUUCUCAGGGUGGUUCUCGAACGUCUAACGCGUCGACAUCAUCCAACGGUGAGGUGACCGGCCAACUUGUAGAAGUUGGCGGCGGUGAAGUACGCAUCGGAAGGAUCACUUUCAAUACUGAUCAGGUGCUUGGAAAAGGAUGCGAAGGCACUUUUGUUUAUAGAGGAACAUUUGACAAGCGUGCAGUAGCAGUGAAGCGUUUAUUGCCAGAAUGCUUUACGUUUGCUGACCGCGAGGUGGCGCUGCUACGAGAAUCAGAUGCCCAUGCGCACGUCGUACGUUACUAUUGCACUGAAAGGGAUAAACAAUUCCGGUACAUAGCACUAGAACUGUGUUCAGCUACACUACAGGACUAUGUGGAGAAGAAACUAAACUUCGAAUGCACUAUCGAUGCAGUGGAAGUGCUGAGACAAGCAACCCUAGGACUUUCUCAUUUACAUUCUAUGGAUAUUGUUCACAGAGACAUAAAGCCACACAACGUCCUCCUGUCAAUGCCGACGGGUAGCGGCGAGGUGAGGGCCAUGAUCUCAGACUUCGGCCUGUCUAAGAAACUCAACCUAGGACGAAUGAGCUUCUCCAGGAGAUCGGGAAUUACAGGAACCGAUGGCUGGAUCGCACCUGAAAUGAUUAAUGGAGAGAGAACGACAACAUCAGUGGACAUAUUCUCCUUAGGCUGUGUGUUCUACUACGUACUGUCGAAGGGCCAGCAUCCGUUCGGAGAUAUGCUCCGGAGACAGGCCAACAUACUCACUGGAGAUUACAGCCUGGACCAACUUGACAAAGUGUUGCCCGAAGAAGAGGUCCUAGUAACAAAGAUAUUGAUCCGCGCAAUGAUCUCAGCUCGUCCCGGCUCCCGUCCCCCCUGCGAGACUGUGCUCAAGUACCCCAUGUUCUGGGGAAAACAGAGCAUACUGAACUUCUUGCAGGAUGUAAGUGACCAAGUGGAGAGUGGUGACAGUGGUUCGGAGGCUGCGUUGGAGCGCGGCGCCAGGCGCGUGGUGCGCGGGGACUGGCGCGCGCGCGUCUGUGUCGCCGUGGCCAGCGACCUGCGGGCGCGCAGGACUUACCGCGGGGACCGGGCCGCGCAUCUAUUGAGGGCUAUACGGAAUAAGAAACACCACUACAGAGAAUUAGAAACAGAAGUACGAGAAAGUCUAGGCAAGUUGCCUGAUGGCUUCGUAACGUACUGGUUAAGGAGGUUCCCGCUCCUACUACCACACGUCUGGCUACAAAUGCAAGCAUACAGACACGAGGACAUCUUACAAGGGUACUACCCACACAGUUUCACCUUCAACAGGGAUGACGUCACAGAAUUAGACGAAGAAGGAGAAAUAGAGGAAGAAAUACCAGUCGACAUGUGUGAUCCGGUCAAAAACGGACUUUUUGUUAAGAGUAGAGUGUACUAUGACGAGAACCAAGGUGUAGAGUAUAGGUAUAAGAAGGAAGGUUCGCCAAGGAAGCGCAGUGAUUGGAGGAGCGACGCCCAAGAACGGGCGAGGCAAGAUGACGUCAGACUUCGAGACAGACACCAUUAUAAGAAAAAGGAAAAGAAAAGGGACGAGAUGCCAGUUUGGACGCUGCCCCAGCAAUGAGGUAAUAGUUUUAGCGAAAGAGGUUUUACUUGACCAGAAGUCACAGGGAGUAGUUUUGGUAGAUAGUUUUUGUAAUUGAGGCUCAUGUACUGUAGUUAGAAAGGGUCAAUGUACGGUUUAUCGUAGAAUUGUAACCAGGCUCCCAUCACAUACGACUCAUAAUUAAUGAGAAUUGGAGUUACCCCUUUGGGUAGUAAAUAAAUGUUAUAUUUUUGUGAUGUGUGAUAUCGUAGACGUUAUACAUAUUACACAGGUCAUGUCAUGUCAUCACGUGACAAAAAUCUGCUAAUUGCAGUAGAUAAAUGAAUUUAUACUACGUAUAGCAACUCCCUGCAGUGGAAACGCUGAAGUAUUAAUUAAAAUAAUGUUUUUUAUUAUUAUUAUUGACUAUUUAUAGACGACCUACUGUUAUCUGUAAAUUAUUUAAAGAAGAUUAAAUCUUGAUCUUGUCGAUUCUAGAUAAAAUGUUGUUUUUCUGGUCAAGUUACAGUGAUUAGUGUGUAAUUUUUAUGCACAAAAUUUUGA